CCGGAAAUUAUUGGAACGAAUUGACUUCAUCAAGUCAUGUGCAUCUAAAAGAACUUUGAAGAACACCAUUAUACGCACUUUCUUCUCAUUCUCUUAUAAGCGCUAUCGCUUCCAUUUUGGCAUUUACAUUCCUUGCAAACACGCUUACUCAUCUGGUUCGUUACACUUUCUCACCUGGUGUCAUAGCCCGAGCCCUUUCGUUAUGUCUUUAAAUAGACGCACUUGUGGUACUCAUCAAUCUGAAUUCUCGAGAAAAGAAAUCAAUCAUCACCUGAAACCUGUGCCUAAUUGGAACCCAGGAUUUACAAAUUCAAAAUCUUCACAUGCAAACUUUUUAUACGACCUUUGGCAACAUCGAUGGAAAAAUGAAAUCUUUUCCAACCGUCUUGGCAUUCAAUACAAUGUCUGUUUUGCAGCCAACAGUAGUAAUUUCGUGCGAAAGCACCCAGGCGCCUACAUUUAUAGGAAACACCUUAUGAAUUUCAAAUUCAACCCUAGCAGUAAUCCCGCAACAAAACGCAAACAGGAAACCCGUUUCAAGAGACAUUGUGCACGGGUGUUUAAAAACAUCAACCCUACAUCCCGCACUAUGAAAGAGGAUAAACUCGCAGCAGGGAGACGUUUUCGCUUCUUGUUUCAUGAAUCUCAACACAUUUAUUCACCUGUUCAUCAUCUGAAAUUCAAACGUUCUUCAAAGGAGAAAUUAUUACCCGAUCCUGAUGAUUAUACAUUUAAUAUACCUUACCAUUCACUGGAAAAUUCCAGUAUUACGCCUACAGCCUUCUGGUGCCAACACAAUCCCCACUAUUUGGACGCACAAGAAAUCGCGACUCUCGGUGAUUUCUUACCACCACUCGGUAAACCCGCCCCUCUUUACUACGGUCAUAAUCCCGUAGACCCAACCAAGUUGAACAGUAGUUAUUACUUACAAUAUAACCCUAAUCAACCUGAUUUACCUCCAAGUAUUGAAAUACGUAUAGCUAACCGCUUAGAUUUAGACUCAUCUGACGCUAACGGUAUGGGUACUACACUUAAACAUUUUUAUCGUCAAGCAUUAUCAACUCGACAAAUCACGGUCUGGACUAAACAGUACCAUAAAUAUAUGAAACAACCUCCACCACCUCCAAUGCCUUCCAAGAAGAAACAGAAGCACAAGUGGAAGAAAUGGAUGGAAAAGCAUCAGGACUAUGAUGACUUUAUGAGUAAACCGUACACUUAUAAACCCUUUACUCCGGACAAAUACCAUACAGAUCUCUUUGGUCUCGUUUCAUACACAUCAGACGAGACUAAAACGGUGGAAUACCACCCUAAUAAGAGGGAUAUUACGACCAAUCCUUCUGUUCUGUCUACAUCACAUGACAAUAAACGACCAAGACCAGCGAAUAGUUACCUACCCGACUCCCUAUUUACUAGUCUUAAUUCUAAUUAA